GGGGUUUUCAGUUACUGUGGAAAGGGGGGAAGGGAAACCGAGAUUGGAGGGAGAGAAACUAAGGGCCAGGAGCAGGCGCUUCUGAAGUUCAACCUGCUCUACGACCAUGUGUGAACAGUGGGCAGUGUUUGCAAUAAUCCUGGUCCACAGGAUGGAUCGACGGUAAGGGGACAAGAGGACAGUGAGCUCAUGUCAUGGAAGGGGUUGUUGCAGUCACAUUACAUACAGAGGGCUUGAAGAGUUUUCCACUUGAAUGUAAACACACAGAGGUUAUAACCAAUGGCAACUCCAAAUGCACAACUAUCCAAAAUGGAUGGAUUCCAGCUAAUGGCAUAAAAGAAAAUGGCAACACUUAUCUUAAUCCUGUACCAAUCUCAGCACUAAAACAGAAUGGGCUGUUACAGUCUCUGGCAGCCGGAGGCAAUGAGCCUAAAACCGAAGAGGUAAGCUUGGAGGUGGAGCGAGCACAAGAGGAGUGGGAUGCCCUUGAGAGCAUCCAACCAGUUUUUGCUGAGGAUCAAGCGCCAUCACCGCUGAUCUCCUUCAAUGAAGCUCUGCAGCAUUUUCAAACCACCGAUCUUGGAGAUCUUCUCAAGGGCAUUCAGCCCACUAUUCACAGGACUGGAUUGGCUGCCAUCUCCCAUUUCCUGUUCGGUCCUCCAAGACUACACAAAGACCUUGUAGAGGAGAGAGAUUUAGUUUUCGCCAUUGCACAAUGUCCUCUGGAUAAUGGACAGUCAGUGCACAUGCGUGUACUCCAGACCAUCUACCGGAAACUGACUUGUACACGAGCAGACAGUCCCCGCUAUGGCCCACACUGGGAAAAUGUAGGAUUUCAAGGUUCAGACCCUGCCACUGAUCUAAGAGGAACUGGUUUUCUGGGCCUGAUGCACACUCUUUAUUUUGUUAUGGAUCCAGAGAUACUACCACUUGCUCGAGACAUCUUCAAACUAUCUCAGCAUCAUGUCCAGAAUUUUCCAUUCAGUGUGAUGUCAAUCAACAUGACUCGAAUUGCUCUGCAUGCUCUCAGGGAGGAAGUUCUGUCCAAGGAGUGUAACCGAAGGCAGCAGGUCGUGGCAGUGCUAAAUGACUUUUACGUUGCAACAUUCCUCCACCUCUACCAACUGUGGAAAAGCCAGCGGAAAACUAUAUCUGACUCUGGCCAUGUACUCAAAGAAGUGGAGACCUUUGCUAAGAAGAACCCCAAGCUGAUUCUGAAACGUCUGGAGGGCUACCUGAAGGAAAGACGUGCUGGGACAUCACCUGACACACUGUCACAGAGCAAUCCUUCACCUGGUGACACUGGGUCUCAAUCAAGAAGUCAAGGCGGGAAGGAGGAGAAAGAGAUGAAUUUCACUGGAGUUUGUGAGCUGCCACCUGAGAUGGAGGGCGAAGCGAGACUUAUUUGAGAGGCGUAGAAGCAUUUGAUUUGAUUCUCUUUUUCUCUGAUUCGUAGUUUAUGUCCAUAAGUACAGUCUAAGUCAGGUCUAUAUUGAAACUUGUUGUUUACUGUCUUAAUUUCAAUACAUUACCAGCUCUCAAAGGGUUAGUUCACCCAAAAAUCAUAUAUAUUAUUAAUUACGUUCCAAACCUUAGAGACAUUCGUUCGUCUUCAGAAUACAAAUGAAGAUAUUUUAGGUCAUGCUCAUAGGACAGCAACAGUCUGGCAAAUUAGAAUGUUAAUGAGCUAGAAAAGUUUUGUGUGCACCUAAAACAACAACAAAAAACUUUAUUCAACAGUUUCUUCUCCUUGGUGGCACUAUACGGCAACCUUUCUUGUGUCACGCUUGCUCGCACAUCUUGACAUGUUAAUUCGGAUGUGCCUGUUCUUGGUUUCAAACAGAGGAAGUCACACAUCCAGGGGGUACACAUGUAGCAAAUUAGCUCAAGGAGAAAUAUUUAAAAGUAAUCAUAAUUAGUUAUAAUUAAUGAUUAGGUUUAGAUAAGCUGUAUGCCAGGGCUAUUCAAUCGGCGGCCCGUGACCCAAUUUGUUCAGGCCCUCCAAAUAGUGUGACUAAGACAUCAAAAAUACAUUUAGUUCAGUCGAAAAACAGCCGUUUUAGUUAUAAAGUGACGUGUGUCUGUUCAAUACAUCACGAGCCGCAGUUGAAAGCUGCACAGAGCAUGAGCCACGGCGAGUAGCGCAAGCAGCGAAAACAUUUGGAUACUUAAUCCUUAAGGCUUCUCAACGUCGCGUUUCUGUUGCACGAAACGAAAAUGCUGCAUGUAAAGAAAUCACUCAUAUUGCAAGUCAUACCUGUCCGGCCCCUCAUUUGGGAUGCUUUUCAUGAUCUGGCCCCCAUGACGAACUAAUUGAAUAGCCCUGCUGUAUGCUUUGACUUGAUGUCUCUGGGUCAAGUGUUUAUUUGAUUAAAAAACAUUCAUUUACAGGUUAAAAGAAAUUACCUGGUGACGCAGGGGCGCAGUAGGUAGUGCUGUCGCCUCACAGCAAGAAGAUCGCUGGUUCAAGCUUUGGCUGGGUCGGUUGGUGUUUCGGUCUGGAGUUAGCAUGUUCUCCCUGCGUUUGCAUGGGUUUCCUCCGGGUGCUCCGGUUUCCCCCACAGUCCAAAGACAUGCGUUACAGGGGAAUUGGGU